AUGGUUUCAUUCAUAGACACAGAGGUUAUGGGGGCGGGAUUCGAAAUCACCAAUAGAUAUUCGGAUCUAAAACCCAUAGGCUGUGGCAGCUCUGGUUUAAUUUGUUCAGCGCGAGACUCAAUCACCAACUCUCAAGUUGCCAUUAAAAAAAUUCCCUCACCAUUCGAUACUCCAGCACAGGCUAAACGCACGUAUCGCGAGGUGCACCUGUUGAGUCACUUGCGACAUGAUAAUUUAAUCAAUAUGACGGAUAUCUUCAUCUCUCCGUCUGAGGAUAUAUAUAUUGUCACGGAAUGCAUCAUGACAGACCUUCACCAUCUGUUGAAAGCUGCAUCAAAACAGUUGGAGAGCCAAUUCACUCAAUUCUUCACAUACCAAAUGCUGCGAGGAUUGAAAUACAUUCACUCAGCUGGAAUCAUCCAUCGCGACCUCAAACCAGGCAACAUCUUGAUCAAUGAUAAUUGCGACCUGAAAAUUUGUGACUUUGGCUUGGCCCGAGAACAAGAUGCCCAGAUGACUGGUUAUGUUGCAACACGAUAUUACCGUGCACCCGAGAUCAUGCUCACAUGGCAAAAAUACACAUAUGCCGUCGAUAUGUGGAGUGUCGGAUGCAUAAUGGCGGAAAUGAUUCUAGGGAGGCCCCUCUUCCCUGGGAAGGACCAUGUACAUCAAUUCACCCUCAUCACCGAGAUUUUGGGAAAGCCCUCUGAGGAGGUCAUGAAAAGGGUCUUCAGCUCCAGUACUCUGAACUUCGUGCAGUCGCUACCGGACAAAGAGCCUGUUGGACUUGCAUCCGUCCUCGGGGAUGUCGAUCCUCAAGCCCUCGAUCUAUUGGAGAAAAUGCUCAAGAUCGAUCCAUAUGAGAGAAUCACCACAGCAGACGCCCUGAAGCAUCCAUAUGUCUUGACUUAUCAAGACUCUGACGACGAGCCCGUCUGCAACAAGCAACUUGACUGGUCACUUUUGGAUUCAGAGCUAACACCCAAUGAGUGGAAAAGCUCAAUGUAUUCCGAAAUUUUGGAUUACCACAGCGGUGCUUGUGACUGGCAGGUUGACCAUGUCCCACCCAAGGGGAAAGUUGAGAACAUGUUGGCCGAGGAAAUGGGUAACGGCACGUACUAG